GUUGACCUAAGAACAAGAUUUUAAAAUUUGUGGCAUUCAAAUUUUAAAAAGUUUAAACUACAUUUGAACGUGUUAGUGCUUUUAGCGAAUUCGUGAUGUGGUUCAUAAAAUUAUUCAUAAUUAUAACGUUAAAUAUAAGUUGUAUUGCGUAUAAUAUCUUAUUAGUGUCACCAUUGCCAAGUGGCAGUCAUGGAAUAUUGGGUGAUGCCUUUGUCAGAAUAUUCACGAAUGCCGGUCAUAAGGUUACCUUUAUUUCUUCGAUGACAAAAUUAACAUCAUCUUCAAAUGUAACAGUAAUCAACGUGGCUUCUAAUAUAAAAACAUUUCCAGACGAUUUAUUAAAUAUAAAAGCAAUAAUGGACCAGAAAUCGGACAUGCGUGACGACAAUUUAUUCUUCCCUGUAAUGGACAAUCUAACUUUGGUCACAAUGCAAAUGAAAGAAGUGCAAGAAUUAUUGAACGAUGAGACACAGAGUUUUGACGUAGUUAUUGCAGAAUGGAUGUAUAAUGAAGUGUACGCUGGGUUAUCAACGUUGUACAAUUGUCCUUUAAUUUGGUUUUCAUCUCUUGAACCUCACUGGUUAUUUUUGAGGGUAGUUGACGAUGCACCGAAUCCGGCAUAUAAUCCGGAUAGUAUGUCAGCAAAUGUCAUUCCUUAUACGUUCUCACAACGUGUUGAAGAAUUGUGGCUACAGAUAUCUCGAAGCUUCUAUCGGGAAAUUUGGGCUUACAAAGAUACUGAAGACAUUUUUAACGAAAUUUACACGCCACUGUUUUCGAAAAGAGGGCGACCGGUUCCAAAGUAUCAUGAAGUGAGGUACAACGGUUCUCUGACAUUGGGCAACUCACACGCUAUUUUAGGUCAAGCCACCAGAUUACCGCAGAACUAUAAAUCUAUUGGAGGAUUCCAUAUAGAAGAAAAUGUGAAACCAUUACCUGAGAAGUUGAAACAAAUCAUGGAUAACGCAAAACACGGCGUUAUUUACUUUAGUAUGGGAUCUAAUUUAAGAAGCACUGACUGGCCUCAAAAGAUUAAGAAGGAACUGCUAAAAUUAUUUGGUGAAUUGAAACAAACCGUUAUUUGGAAGUUUGAAGAAACAUUGACAGACUUACCAAGUAACGUUCACAUAGUUAAAUGGGCUCCACAACAAAGUAUUUUAGCACAUCCAAAAUGCGUGCUGUUUAUCACACAUUGUGGUUUAUUAUCAACAACCGAGGCAAUUUAUUUUGGCGUCCCAAUAAUAGGAAUCCCAGUUUUCGUCGACCAAUUUGUGAAUGCAGAAAGAGCGGUCAAAAAAGGAUUCGGCAAGAAAGUUAGCUUAUCCUAUUCACUUGUUGAUGAAUUAAAAGUUGCACUUAAAGAUGUGUUGAGUAAUUCGAGGUAUCGUGACAAAGCAAAGGAAUUGUCAGCUAUCUACCACGACCGAAUAUUGAAGCCCCAUGAAGAGAUCGUUCAUUGGGUAGGGCACGUGAUUCGAAGUAAUGGUGCGACUUACUUACGCUCCCCAGCACUCAUGUUAUCCUGGUACCAGAAAUUAUACCUCGACCUUCUAGCAAUCAUUAUUUCCGCAAUAAUUAUAGCAGUUGUUAUCAUUAAAUGUUUAAUGACAAUGAUUCAGCGACAAUAUAAGACAAAAAUUGAAUAGUUGU